AUGGGCGACUUCAAGCUGUCGGCCCAGCUGGCCGGCCACGACAGUGAUGUCCGUGACCUCGUCUUCCCGGCUCCCGAAGCUGUCCUAUCUGUCUCGAGAGAUCACACGGCCAGACUAUGGAAACGGACUUCGACUUCACCCCCCGCAUACGAGGGCACCAUCUUGAAUAAGAUCGACGCAUAUCUCAACUCCGUAACUUACCUCCCCCCUAAUCAGGAAUUUCCCGACGGUCUCGUCGUUUCCGGAGGCAAGGACCCGUGCCUCGAUGUAAGGAAGCCCACUUCUACUUUCACCGAUGACGCCGAUCGAGUCCUGCCUGGCCACGCCAACAACGUAAGCGCUUUGGCCGCCGCUGCCAGUGGCAAGUACUUUGUCUCUGGCAGCUGGGAUAAAACUGCCAGGGUAUGGAGCACCGACAGCUGGGAAAGCGAAAUAGUCCUAACCGGUCACGACGCCGCGGUCUGGGACGUAUUGCCCUUGAGCGACAACGCCGUAGCUACCGCAUGCGCCGACAAGAGCAUUCGCAUCUUCGACCUGCGCAAGGCCGUAGAUGGUACUGUCGAGGCCCGGGCCACCAUCCAGACACCUGAUAUCGUCCGAGGCUUGUGCCGACUGCCCGCCAACCACCCUACAGGCGCUGAGAUCGCCAGUGGACACAACGAUGGCAUCAUUCGUCUGUGGAAGCUAAGCGGACAACUCGUAGGAGAGCUCCACGGCCACGAAAGCUUCGUCUACCGCCUGAAGGCCUUGCCAUCUGGCGAGAUUGUCAGCGCUGGCGAAGACAGAACUGUUCGCAUCUGGAAAGGAACCGACUGCGUUCAAACUAUCACACAUCCUGCCAUAUCUGUUUGGACAGUAGCCGUAAACGAGCAGACUGGAGACAUUGUGUCUGGCACAAGCGACGGUGUCGUACGUAUCUUCACAAGAAGCGCUGAUCGCGUCGCUAGUGCCGAGACAAUCCAGUUGUUCGACGAGGCAGUCAAGGCCUCCUCGAUACCGCAGCAGACCAUGGGCGACAUCAACAAGGAAAAGCUUCCCGGCCCGGACUUCCUGACCUCGAAAGCAGGCACUAAGGAGGGUCAGGUUCAGAUGAUUAGGGAAACAAACGGUUCAAUAUCAGCACAUACAUGGUCAAUGGCUGCUCAGACCUGGGUCAACGUUGGCACCGUGGUUGAUUCUGCUGCAAGCAGCGGGCGCAAGGCGACUCACAAUGGCAAGGAGUACGAUUUUGUUUUUGAUGUCGCCAUUGAGGAGGGUGCGCCAUCGCUGAAACUGCCAUACAAUCUCUCCGACAACCCUUACGACGCAGCCACCAAGUUCAUUAAUGACAAUGAACUGUCCCCGAACUAUCUUGACCAAGUCGCGCAGUUUAUUGUAAAGAACACUCAAGGUGCAACACUUGGAGGGGAAAGUACAGGCGGCCCCGAUCCGUUGGGAACAGAAUCUCGUUACCGACCGGGCGAAGCGGAGACUCCAUCAAGACCCAAGGCUCUACCCCAGACAGAGUUUCUCACUAUCACUGCAGCCAAGUACGAACCCAUCUUCAAGAAGAUCCUGAGCGUAAAUUCGGGCCUUGUUUCCGCUGGCAGAAAGGAUAUCUCUCUCAACCCUUCGGCUCAGAAUCUAUUAAGCUCGUUGCGUCAAUCCUUGGAGUCGAACAAACCCGUGCAAGACGAAGAUGCGCUCGAUAUCUUGGUCAAAAUUUGCAAAGGAUGGGACUACUCGGAUAGGCUUGCACCACUAGAUAUUUUCCGAUGCACAGCGACAUCGCCUCUACUUGCAAGCAGCUCACGUGCUGGCAACCCUGUUCACAUUGCGAUCGAUGCUGCCACGGAAGGCAUCCCUGCCGGGGGACAGGUCAACGAGAACAGCGUUAUGAUGGCCUUGCGUACAAUCGCAAAUCUUUUCUCGACUUCGGAAGGUAGAAAGGUCGUUUCACAGCCUGAAGAAGCAACUCGCACCAUCGAAUUCAUUGGUAGGACCUUAGGUCUUGGGGGCGGACAAGCGAUUGGAAAGUUCAACCGUAACCUCCUCAUCGCUCUGAGCACUGUGGCUAUUAACUACGCUGUCCUGGCUUCGAAGGGUACUAGUCUGCCACAAGAUGUUCUUGCCAAGCUACUGGAGGCUGUUGGCCACUUGCUAUCAACGCAGAAGGACAGUGAGGUGAUAUUCCGAUCCCUCGUGGCUACGGGCACGCUGGCCACGGUACUGGGCAAAGAUGCAGCCAAGUCUGCCAUUCAACCUGUGGAGCGCGCAAAGGACUCUGCCAUCGAACCCAGAGUCAAGGAUAUCUCGAACGAAUGCCUGACGUUGCUACGAUAA